AUCAUAGGACGCAGAACGAGUGUGCUCCCAAUCGGCUUAUCUUCUUCGCCCAUCUCGGGUGAGUUACAGCUUCUUUUCAAACCCAAUCGAUUGUGUUCCGUAUCUAUAGAUGUGUUUCCCAAGCUCAAACUCUGUCCGAUUUCAAACUAUUUGCACAAUUUCAGCCUCUCAUUCCAUAAAUGCCACCGACAAUUUCUUUGAGACAUCUAUAGAUCUUUGAAAUAUGCUCUUACUAUAUAUUUUCUUGAGUUAAUUAUAGUAUGAUUUGGUUGUUUGGUUCAGUUCUUUUGUGUCUGCUUCAUAAUUUUAGUCAACUUCACCAAUUUUAGGGUUAUGUCUUGGCUGGCUUUAAUCCCUUUGUUGUUGUUUUUUUGCACAUGAUCUAGAGCCAUCUGAAUUGUUAUGGCGGGGAGAGAUAGAAUCAGCCAACUCCCCAUAGAGAUACUGGACCAUAUUAUGGGAUUCUUGCCUAUUCAACAAGCUGCUAAAAUUGCAGUUUUGUCUAAGGUUUGGAGGGAUGCGUGGUCCGGGCUCACGCGGUGUUGCUUCGACCAUCACUUCUUUCGAUAUUUUGAAAACAGACUGCGGGAAGAGGCUAACGAGUGUAUCGAGAAACCCUCGUGUUGGAAUGUAAUAAAAAAAGUUAUCUUGGAGCACAAGGGGUCUAUCCGGAAAUUUGUCUUUCUUUUUUCAUCUUUUAGGAAGGUAAAUGUUAGGUUGCAGCCAUGUGACCUGGACGAGUCGUUACUUUUAGUCACACAACGAGGCGUUGAAGAAAUCCGCCUCUCUUUCGGGUUUAACGAAUACAAGUUGCUGGAUUGCGUGUCUUCAUGCUCCACACUUGUGAGACUAUAUCUGCAAGGGUUCUCUAUUGACCCACAGAAUGCCACAUGGACUUUACCCAGUGCUACAUCACUUUCUUUUGAUUUUGUCUACUUUGGUACCAGAAAUCUUUCCAACUAUGUUUUUGAUGUUCCAAAGCUGGAGGAUUUGUCAUUUAUCAAUUGCAAGGAUAUCUUUCUCUUUGACAUUACUACUAGAAGUCUUCACAAUUUGACGAUCAAUAGUUGUUAUAGUAGCAAAAUAGGCAGUUUUCUCCCGGUCAACAUGGACUUGAAAUCUAUUUGCACUCUUGCUUUUGACAUUGACAGUCUUCAGGAUUUUCUUCGCAAAACUACUAGAAAGGGACUCUCAAUACAAUUGCCCACACUAACUGUGGAAAUACUCAAGCUAUCAGGUUUUUGUUUUCAAGAUAAAGCUGGGGUCUCUGCAUUUGUUCGCUUGUUGUGCAAAUGCCCAAAGUUACGCAGUCUUGAAAUCAAAUUCCAAACUGUGGUACGUACACUUUACUUCAUUUUUCGGGGUAAAAGAUUUGGGCAAUCUUUUUGUUGCAUUCAUGUUCAUUCAAUUAUAUGCUCGAAGUACUUGAUUGUUGGUCUUUUUCUUUUAUAUAUAGUGUGAUAAGUGGACAAAUAUUAACAAGUGUAUGGAUGCGGCGUCCGGGCAGUUGAUAAAACUCCGUAGUGUUGUACGAAAACACAAAGUGCUUCAUUUUUUGAAGCUUCGCUCGUUCAAAGGAUUGAGGCCCCAAAUGCAUUUCAUCCGGGAGAUGCUUGGAUGGCUGCCUGCACUUGAAAAGGUUGUCAUUAUUGGUUGUCCCUAUGUGUUUGAUUGGAACAAGGAACAUGAAACUAUGGAAGAAAUUUUGCAAUUCCCGCGUGCAUCUCUGAAAGCUAAAAUUCUUUGUAAAUGAAAGGUUUAUCUUUCCAAGUUGUCGUUAUGGUAGAUUUCAGUGGUAACUCAUAUGCAAAAUGGUUGGAAGGUAACUUUUUCCAGGUAUGUGAGUUUUGUAGUAAUGGCUUUGACAUGCCAAAAGGAUGAGUUUUGAAAUUUGAAUCAAAUGCAACGUAAACA